CGUGGAGCUGGAGUCAGCAGCUCCGGGCCGCCCUACCUGCGCCCUGCCGGCGGCGGGGCCAGCCCGGGAGCAGCAGCAUCCUCCGGAGACACAGCCCGGGGGAGCAGCAGCAUCCUCCCGAGACACAGCCCGGGGGAGCAGCAGCAUCCUCCCGAGACACAGCCCGGGGAACAGCAGCAUCCUCCCGAGACACAGCCCGGGGGAGCAGCAGCAUCCUCCCGAGACACAGCCCGGAGAAACAGCAGCAUCCUCCGGAGACACAGCCCGGAGAAACUGCAGCAUCCUCCCGAGACACAGCCCGGAGAAACAGCAGCAUCCUCCCGAGGCACAGCCCGGGGGAGCAGCAGCAUCCUCCCGAGAAAAAGUCCGGGAGCAGCAGCAUCCUCCCGAGUCGCCCCCGGGAGCAGCGCCAGCCCGGCAUGGAGAGCCUGAGCAGUGGCCUGAAGAAGAAAGCCACGGAGCACCACUACAGGGCCGAGGUGAUGAUUGCUGGAGAGCAGCUCAGGCUGCACAGCUCUGGAGAGCCCAGCUGCGCCUUUCCCCCCGCCAGGCUCCGGCUCCACGACGGGAAGCUGAUCAAGGACAGGCGGUACCACCUGCGGACCUACCCCAACUGCUUCGUGGCCAAGGAGCUCACGGACUGGCUCAUCGACCACAAGGAAGCGCCCGACCGCGAGACCGGCAUCCGCCUCAUGCAGAAGCUGAUGGAUCACUACAUCAUCCACCACGUCUGUGACGAGCACUCGGAUUACAAGGAUGCCAAGCUGCUCUACCGCUUCCGCAAGGAUGACGGGACCUUCCCUCUCAGUAAGGACGUGAAGGUGUUCAUGCGAGGGCAGAGCCUCUAUGAGAAGCUGGUGAGCGUGGAAGAGUCAAUCCUGAAGGUGAGGGAGGAGAACUCGGUGAAGUACCAGAGGACUUUCCUGGGCUCUGAGAUGAUCGACUGGCUCAUCCAGGAGGGAGAAGUGGAGAACAGGCAGGAGGCAGUGGAGCUGGGACGGGCACUGCUGGAGCACGGGAUCAUUCAGCACGUCUCCAAUAGGCAUCACUUCUUUGACAGUGACAUCCUCUACCACUUCUGGAUCAACUUUCGGCGGCGGCGGCGUCUCACGGAGUUGCUCAAUGAGAACUCCUCCCGUGCCCUGUCCGAGAGCCCUGACAGCCCCUUCUGCCUUCGCAAGCUCAACCCAGACCCAGGCAACACCAGCUUCCUCUCUGUCCAGACCAACAAGGAGAUCAAAGUUGUCUCGGCGGUUCGAAGGAGCAGCAUCACUUCCCUCUCUGGAAACUCCAACGCCUACUUCAGCGCUCCUCCUACGCUGGUAUUCCCUCCUGUGGCUGAGUGCAACCCCAAAUCAGUGUUAAAGAGACCCGUCACCAACGAAGAGCUGCUGUCCCCCGGGGCCCCCUAUGUCAAGAAAACGCUGACUAUUGUGGGGGAUGCAGUGGGCUGGGGGUUUGUGGUUCGAGGAGGAAGACCUUGCCACAUCCAGGCAGUGGACCCAGGAGGACCUGCUGCUGCUGCAGGGAUGAAGGUGUGCCAGUUUGUUUUCUCCGUGAAUGGGGUGUACGUUCUGCAUCUGGACUACCAGACCAUCAGCAGCCUCAUCAUGACGGGACCACGGACUCUGGUGAUGGAAGUCAUGGAAGCCAUUGAGUGAGCCAAGGAGUCUCAGCCCACUGCUGCGGAUGGGAUGGACUGUGGGGAGGGACCAAGCUCGACCUUGCACUGUGAUGUGUUACCCAGGCAUUUGGAUGUAUUUUCAAAUAAAUACAUUCUAAUGG